AUGGCGUCUGGGACAGCGCGGUUUUACAGUUGUUUCGAAGGAUACUUGGCAUCUUACCGGACCGUAUCAUUUAGUUUCAGCCCUAAAUCUCUUGGAUCUUCACUACAAUCCUUCACUUCUGCUUGCGCAAUUGCAUUCCCUUACAUUGCGCUCAGAUUCGUUACUAUUAUUGGCUGUCGUCCUGCCACUGCAUCAGCGUAUUACCAUCUCGAUGAUGCUGUCUUUCUUCUGAAGCCUGUCGCUACUACUUCAGGUGAAGACAACUUGACAGAUACUUGGCAUCUUACCGGACCAUAUCAUUUGGUUUCAGCCCUAAAUCUCUUGGAUCGCCAUUACAAUCCUUCACUUCUGCUUGCGCAAUUGCAUUCACUUACUUUGCGCUCAAAUUCGUUACUGUUAUUGGCUGUCGUCCUGCCACUGCAUCAGUACGUCGAAUUCCAUCCUGCAAAAAGGACAAAUAUGCCUGAUACUAAAAUUUUACUGCGAGGAAAGACUUUCGAGGAGCAAGCGUGUUCACUGGUGUCUGAUGUUUUGGAGCCAGCUGGAUUUCUGUUGCUUAGAUGGGGAAAACUGCCUUAUUUAUGUGAAGGAGAUUUCAGAAGGAAUCGACGAAAAACUUAG